CUCUCCUCAUCUGCACCCCAAGAAAUACACCAUUAUUGAGGAGAGAAGCUAGCUCAUAGUCCCGUCCUGGUUCUCACCUGCUUCUUCGGAUGUUAAUGCAACCUACCAAUCAUUCAUCGCCCCGCCGCCUGUACUAUUCAGUCUAUUCUUGAGCCGGGAGACCCUGCGGGUCCCCGCCGGAUGGAAUGCCGCGACGCAAGGUAUCUCCCUCUAACCGUCUGCGUGCAGAAGAGGCCUGUUCCUCCUGUCGAAAAUCCCACAGGCGAUGCAAUGGCCGAUUUCCCUGUGCAUCAUGCAUCAAAAGCGGUAGGACCGAAAGCUGUCGCCCGUGCCAACCCACAGAGCGAUUUGUACGACGCUUCCAACCAAACCAGGAUGCAUCGAGCUCCACCACCCCGGGGUCGAGCCGUGCAAGGUCCCUGCCUAUCGCGGGCUCGGAUAACCCCAUUGCCUUACCCCCUCUUGAUCGCCCUGCUACACCCCGGCGACAGACAGAUGCAGUCGCAGCUCCUGGCUCUCCGGAAGCACCGCACAGGACUCAUCCGCGGAUGCUACGGAAUCGCCAAGGGGAACGAGUAUUUAUCGGCAAGGCUGCCUCGCUGUCUUUUCUACAGUUACUUCGUGACACCGUCACUCAAUAUAUUGGACCAUCGCUAUUCUCGCACAAUAUCAAAAGCGAGGAUAUGCUUGAGACGGAGACACCGCGUGAUGUUCCGUUGACAAUCGACGACGUGGAUUUAGAUCAACAAAGGGUAUUCAUUAGGACAUACCAUAUUGCAACAAGCGGGUUCAUCCAUGUCCUAACAGACUCAGAGUCAUCGGACAUACUAAAUGAGCCACCACAACCAAACAGCAACCACCCUGGAGCUAAUACGGCUCUUAGAGACAUCAUAGUUGCCAUCGGUGCUCAAUCUCGCCGGAGUAACCCGACAUCGGUCCAGGCUGAGCGUUUUUUCUUCGCACGCGGUCAGCGCAUUGCAUUUGACAACAUGCUGGAAAACCCAAGCCUGGAGCUUGUGCGAGUGUUUCUUCUCAUGUCGUUUUAUAUGCUUGGCGCCUGUCGUCGAAAUGCGGCGUUUAUGUACAUCGGCAUAGCUGUGCGUGCCGCCGCCGCAUUGGGCCUGCACGUGAGCGAUUCUCCUGAAUCUAUUCCCGCGGAUGAGAAGCGGCAGAGAACCCGUGUAUGGAUGAGUCUUUGCACUUUGGACCUUCUGGUUAGCUCAAUCCUCGGACGACCUCCCGCGACGACCGGUUUACGCCCCGAACCUGCAGGAAACCAGCCCAGCACGAGGCAGCAAGACUACCACUUAGAAGCGAGUCUAGUUGCUUCCUUCCAUAUGUCACAAAUUCUAGAUGAGAUCGUCGUGGGCCUGUAUGGCGACAAAACAGCGUCUACAGAGAGAGCCGAGUCGCUGUUGGGAAAACUCAAAGGAUGGAGUGAAAACUUACCGGAAUCGCUGCGGACGCCACCGCCUAUCGACAGCGAGCGAUUUACCGCUCAGGAGCGCAUCAUCGGUUGUCUACACACAGCAUGCUCGUACCACUUUGCCAUCAUCAUCAUCACCAGACCGUUCUUGAUAUCCGUUCUUGGCGUUCGGCUAGCCCGACUGCAACGUCCCGGGGCUGCGAUGGAUGAGGCGUUCCAGGAAGACCCUGCCCAUUCAAGGCUGGCCGCUGCCUGUGCAGAUUCAGCUCUAUACAUGAUCCAGACCUGCGUGGAGGUUCACCAGUCGGGUUUGUUACUUGGUAACAUGUGUAUUCUGAAAGCAUUUGUAUUCGCCGCCGCACUGGUCCUAGGAUUCUCCCUGUUUUCGAAAAACGGCACGGACUCGGUUCUGGACGAAGCAUUCAACGGGGCCAUUGCAAUCCUCGAGGCCCUCUCCGAGCAAUCCGCCCAAGCGGCCCAUUACUACGAAAUCCUCACCUUCCUGCAAAAUGCCAUCGAGCAGAGACGACGGCUUCUGCAACAAGAGCAGCAGAACAAGAAUCCCUAUGUCAGCAAACUCUUCAGCCUCAACCACCAGCGAAACCAGUCGGAUCCGGGUAACAUAUCAAUGACCCCUGUAAGCGGUGGCUCGGACAUGCCAACGCCAAAUGGUGUCUUAGAUAUGUGGUCAUUCAUGGACCCCGCUGAGCUGGGUAGCACGGCCCCUGGCUGGGAAGGCAUGGAAUUGCCCGUGUGGGAUAAUUUCCCAUUUGCUGCUGCUGGGCUUCAGACUCCUGAUAGGAACAUCGAUCCAAGAUUGGCGCUUUGACGAUGACGGGAGUGAUCAGUUUGUGUGAUUUUCGCUGAUGAUUGUGAUGUGCUUUAUUUUUUCUUCUUUCUGUUCUACGGAAGUUUUUCUCAUGAUACCAACAUG